ACCGCUUUUCUAUUCAGCACAACAUCCACUCCAAUCUCACGAGCUUCAUAUCCACAAAUGGCUAGGCUUUUGAGUGGACUGCGUCCCCGCUCGGCACCAGUAGUAGAAGGCAAAAGAUGGAAGGCUCGGGAGAGUCAAUAGACUUCGGGGCCGUUGACGAUACCUACCACUUUCUCUUCAAGAUUGUGCUCAUCGGCGACGCGGGCGUCGGGAAGACGUGCGUCGUCCAGCGGUUCAAACACGGGAUCUACAUAGAGCGUCACGGGAACACCAUUGGUGUGGACUUUAUGCUCCGCACCGUAGAUAUCGACGGGAAAAAGAUAAAGCUACAGAUAUGGGACACGGCAGGUCAGGAGAGAUUUCGAACUGUGACUCAGAGCUACUACAGAGGAGCCCACGGAGUUAUUAUUGCCUAUGACAUCACCAACAUGGAGAGUUUUUCACACAUACCCUCGUGGGUCGACGACAUAAAGAGAUAUGCUGGUCCAGAUGCUGUGAUGUUACUGAUUGGAACCAAGAAAGACACUGUCACCAGCCAACCUCGUUUGCGAGAGGUCCCCUUCAAUCACGCCAAGAGAUACGCUGCCACGAAACACAUGCUGGAUGCCGUCGAGACCUCGGCCAAAGACAACACAAACAUUGAGGGCACCUUCAUGCGGAUGGCCCGGGCUCUGUGGAGGAAGAACGAGGGUCUCAGCUCAGUGGCAGACACAGAGAUGUCCUUCAGACUCAGUACUCAGACGAUGGAGAAGGGGAAGGGCCACGCCUGCUCCUCCUGCUCUGUCUUAUGAUGUCUGUUCCCCGUUUCGGAUCUCUUGUUACUAUGCUUGUGUAUAUAGUGUGUAUUAUCCUUGAGUGAUUCAUUUCUGGCAUAUGUCUCUCUUUCUAUAAUAAUAUUAGCUACUGCAUAAAAUCACUAAAUAAAUUGUGAAAUUUUCUAUGAGUCAUCAAUGGUCUGAUUGUUAAGAGGCUUUCUCUCGUCUUUGUCUUCCGUUUCUCUUUGUCUAGUGACCCCUGACCUAUCACUUCUGGCUGGUCUUUCUUGUCAACUGAUUUAAGACGUUUGUCCAGGUCAUUGAAGAUCUGCUUUGCUAUCUGUACAGGCCUGGUCACCAGGUUCCUCAGAGCC